AUGGCCAAGGGGAACAAGUUUCUGGACGAGAAGAAACUCCGCAUCAAAGAAGCUCUGAUACCGCAGGAUCAGGCUGCCAGAGAGAAACUGUGGCCGCUGAUACAGAAGGCGCGACAAGAGGGAAAGAAGGCGGGGUUCAAGGGCCCACAUGCAUUUAUCGAAGGAAGAAUGAUUACCUCCAACUGGACUCUGGGUCGACGCGUCAAGUCCAACUGGACUCUGGGUCGACGCGUCAAGUCCAACUGGACUCUGGGUCGACGCGUCAAGCCCAACUGGACUCUGGGUCGACGCGUCAAGCCCAACUGGACUCUAGGUCGACGCGUCAAGCCCAACUGGACUCUGGGUCGACGCGUCAAGCCCAACUGGACUCUGGGUCGACGCGUCAAGCCCAACUGGACUCUGGGUCGACACGAUCCCUCGGUUACACAAGUGACCAACGCUGACGUAGACCACAUUGAUCAAUUUACCUCUUUCCCAGACCAUCAGACGGUUAGCCUAUCAGGGCCCACCAUUCCGGCCUCCAGGAUCCCUUCCCAGCCUGCCGUGCUGCAGCAGUCAACAGAGCCCAGCCCACAGGCCACGGCGGCUGCGGGCCAGGCUAGCCUGCUGAGGCAGCAGGAAGAGCUGGAGAGGAAGGCUGCAGACCUGGAGCACAGAGAGAAGGAGUUGCAGAGCAGGGGCACCUCAACAGGCAAGGACAACAACUGGCCACCGCUUCCCAAGGCUUUUCCCAUAAAUCCUUGCUUCUACCAGGACUUCUCGGCUGAGAUUCCCAUGGAGCACCGGAGGGUCUGCAAGAUGUUGUACUACCUGUGGAUGUUCCACUGUGUGACUCUGUUCCUCAACCUGCUGGCCUGUCUGGCCCACUUCACCGUGAACACGUCCUUCGGUGUGGAAUUUGGCAAGUCCAUUAUUUGGUUCAUCCUGUUCGCCCCCUGCUCCUUCCUCUGUUGGUACAGACCUGUCUACAAGGCCUUCAAGUCGGACAGCUCCUUCAGUUACUUCUUCUUCUUCUUUGUGUUCUUCUGCCAAGUGGUGGUGUUCAUUAUCCAGUCUGUGGGCAUCCCCAACUGGGGAAACAGUGGUUGGAUCACCUCGUUGUCUGCCAUUUCCUUCAACAAGGCGGUGGGAGCCAUCAUGAUGGUGGUGUCCUGCUUCUUCACUGCCUGUGCUGUGCUGUCAGUCCUCCUGCUGAGGAUGGUGCACAGCCAGUACCGGCGUACCGGGGCCAGCUUCCAGAAAGCCCAGCAGGAGUUCUCCCAGGGCGUGCUCACCAACAAGACCUUCCAGACGGCCGCCACCUCCACGGCCGCCACCGCUGCCUCCGGAGCCUUCCAGGGGAACAACUAG